AUGACUCGGAGCGCACUAGCUCACCCCAGCAACCGCCAGCAAAGGGCAGAUCGCUGCGACUGCAGCCGUGACGCCAGGCCCGCUGCGCCCCUGUCCUCCCGUGACCACAACUCCGAGGCAGCCUCUGCGGCCUUCGCACGCCUCAUUAGAGCCUCGUGGGUGUGCCUGCCAGCUCUCUGCCCUGACAUCGCCCCUCCCCCACCUCCCACGCUUGGCAGGGGGAUCCUGAAGCCUGCCUUGGAGCAUUGGGAACCUCUGUUUCCUCAUCCCCCGAACGGAGCUGAUGAUGACAGUACCACCGCUCGGGACCACAGCGAGGUUUCCGUGUGCCUCGCGUACAGUAAUGUUUCUCAAGGUCCGGCGAGGCAGGAGUUCACCCGAGGGGCCCAGCGAGUAGUAGCCGAGUCAGGCUGGGGCCACGUGACCCCAUGCAAGGCCGACCAGAUCAACCAGGCCCCAGGUGGGACCCUGUUUCUGCUCCAGGAGGGGGACCCAGGCGGCUCCCUUCCCCGCAUGCCGCGUGGCGGGUCGUGCCCCUCCCGGCCGCCCACGGAGCCCCAGCAGCGGCAGAAGCCCGGCGCCCACCGCCCCCACGCGCCGGGCCCCAGCCGGCGAAAGACUCCGCUCCCUCGGGCCUCGGCGCCACUCCCCUCCCUGGCACCAGGGGGCGCUGCCACCCCACGGCCGUCGCCAUGGUCACCGCUGGCGGCGGAGUGGGGUUUACGUAAAGGACGCAGCGUCCCCCGGGGGGCGGAGGCGGCCUUCGCGCCGGCGCCGGCGCCCUGCGGAAGCGGCGUUAGUGAAUCGGGGCCUUGGGGAGCCCAGGAUGGAGGUGGCGGUCGCGGUGGUGGCGGCGGGCCGAGCCCUGCGGCGGGCUGGAGGGCAGCCAUGCGGUGGUAUCGAUAUUUCAGCAUCUUUCCUAGGAUUAUGUCUGCAAAGCAGAGGCUGAAGGCCCUUGGCAAGGCCUGGGCGUGUGAGGACCCAUCUCUUGCCGAAAUCCGUCCACAGCCCUGGGCAGGCUCGCCUCUGCCUUCUGCUCCGGCACAGCUGACGUGUGAAAAGCAACAGUUUUCGGGCCCGGACUCCGGUUGCGCACACCCCGGCCCAGGCUGGCGGCCCCCACCCCCGCGUGUUCACUCUCUGUUGCCUCCCUCGCCGCUCUCCCCCGCCCCUCGCCUCUCCGAGCCCAGCCUCUGCGGGACCCUCACACCUGGGAGGCAGAGGGACUCGCAGGGCAAGCAGGAGGGGCAGAGACAUUGUUUCCUUUGA